AUGCUCCGCAGAACCUGGACUCGCUUGUACUCAAUGAACUCGCACGUGGCGUCCCAAUUCAAAAACCAGAACCUCCUCAAGACCGAGGCUUUCGUCAACGGGAAAUGGGUGUCGUCGGGUAAGACGUUUGCCGUCACCGAUCCGGCGAAGGAUACCGACAACGAGCUCGCCCAGGUGACGGACAUGCCGACCGAUGCGUUUGAACUGGCGGUGGAAGACGCCUAUACCGCGUUCGCCUCGUUCAAGAAGGUUUCCGGCCGCGACCGGGGGGCCAUGCUCCAGAAGUUGUACCAGCUCAUGAUCGAUAACGCCGACGAUUUGGCUAAGUUGAUCGUGUUGGAAAACGGGAAACCGUAUGCCGAUGCCCUUGGCGAAGUCAAGUAUUCGGCGCUGUUCUUCCAGUGGUUUGCCGAAGAGGCUCCUCGAGUGUACGGCACCGUUAUCCCCUCGGCCGACUCGCAAAAGCGGAUUUUGGCGUUGAAACAACCCGUCGGCGUGUGUGGGAUCAUGACCCCGUGGAACUUCCCCCUGGCGAUGAUUCUGAGAAAAAUGGGCGCAGCUAUGGCUACUGGUUGUACCGUGGUGAUUAGACCCGCCUCGGAAACUCCCCUUUCCGCCCUCGCUCUCGCCUAUCUUGCAGAACAGGCUGGUUUCCCUGCGGGUACCGUCAACGUGCUCCCGUCGCUGAGCGCUCUGGCCUCGGGUAAGGUGCUUACCCAACACCCUAAGGUGAAGAAAGUGUCGUUCACUGGCUCCACCAGAGUCGGGAAGAUCCUUAUGGAACAACUGUCGCUGACUUUGAAGAAGUUGCUGAUGGAAUUGGGUGGCAACGCUCCGUUUAUCGUGUUUGAGGACGCUGAUCUCGACGCCGCCGCCCAGGGGGCAAUGGUGUCCAAGUUCAGAUCGCUGGGCCAGACCUGUGUGUGUGCCAACCGUCUCUACAUCCACGAAAAAGUCUACGACGAGUUCGCCAAGAAGUUUGUUGCUCUCGUCAACAAGACGAAGAUGGGGUACGGUCUCGAUGAAGGCAUCACCCACGGUCCUUUGAUCAACCAGAAACUGAUGGAUAAAGUGAGAGAACACAUCGACGACGCCGUGAAAAAGGGCGCCAAGGUGCUUGCUGGCGGUAACAAGCUCCCUAACUUGGGCGAGAACUUCCACGAGUUGACGGUGUUGGGUGACGUCACCAAGGACAUGGUGAUCACCCAGGACGAGACCUUCGGGCCCGUGUGCCCCUUGAUCAAGUUCUCCACCGACGAGGAGGUGAUUGCUGCUGCUAACGAUACCGACGUCGGCCUCGCCGGCUACUUCUUCUCGAAGGACGUGCUGAGACUCUUCACCGUGGGCGAAGAACUCAACGUGGGGAUGAUCGGGGUAAACGCCGGCGGUAUUUCCGAGGCGGCGUUGCCCUUUGGCGGUGUUGGCGAAGCCGGGUUUGGCCGUGAAGGGUCGAAGUACGGCAUCGACGACUACACCGUGGUUAAGGCGAUGGUGGUGGGGUUGUGA